ACCGUUUCAAAAAGAGUAAAGUCUCUGCCCUGAGAAAUCGGUGCUGGUGCCUCGCCACAACAUUGGUUAGCCGCUUGUCAAUGUCCAGUCACGUGGUGUCACACGGACGGCCAUGUUUCCGAAACACAAACAACAAGAAGAGUAGCGACUGGGAGCCACAGCAGACACGUACUGAUACGCAGCAGCGACCGUUGGAGGAGAGGGGAAAAUAAUAAAUAAAACACAGAGCACGACUUUCUGAAAGUGCGAUUCUGUCGAAUGAAUACGUUUACAGUGUUUAAAGAGACCAAUGCAGACGACGUAUUGGCCGUAGACGCACCGUGCAGACAACCAGUCUGGUAGCUAAAAACAGUAAAGUGGUGCAAAGGGAGGAGGAAAUAAAGGAGUUACCUGGAGGUUGUCCGUCAAUCCACAUUUCUGUUGGAGUGAGAGAAAAAGGCCCGGCUGGAGAGAGGGAAAGGAGACGGGGAGUGUGUGUCGCGUCUGCUCUAGGCAGCUGUUCCAGCAGCCUGUUUCAUUGUUUUGGCUGUUAUUUAGUUCCUGCGUUACCUUUUUGAUGAACCAGCUCAUAUUUUUAACUUUAUUGUGAGAUAUAACUGCUGUAGUAAAAAAACAAAAAAAAAAACAAGAAAAGAAAUAUAACAAAAAAAGAAAGGAAAUAUAACUAGCAAACCUGUUUUUAUUUUGUUCUGUCGUUAAUUUCCAAGUUUUUUUUGUUUCUUUUUUAAGUUCAACAACCCUUUUCAGCUGUGAGUAGCAGGAGCUUCCAUUCUCCAAACUAUCGUUGAACCCCCUUCCUUACUUAGUUAGGACCUGAUAACCUGAUAUUCCUCAAGCACCUGAAACUGGCAGCUAUUCUUUUUGUGUCUGUGUGUUUGGGGAGUUCUGUGACCACAGCUUAAGCACCACUCAGCCUUCUAGUCACCUAAGCCUAACUAAAGCCAGCCAACUCUCGCCUGGUCCAGCCCAGUCCAGCCUGCUCCGAUCUUCUGGACAGGAUACUCAGUUCUGUGUGGACGUGAGGAAUAUGACUGCUGAGACUCUUAACUUCGGCCCAGAAUGGCUCCGUGCACUGUCCAGUGGGGGGAGUGUGACGUCCCCCCCUCCUUCCCCUGCCAUGCCAAAGUACAAGCUGGCCGAUUACCGCUACGGCCGAGAGGAGAUGUUAGCACUUUAUAUCAAAGACAACAAUGUCCCAGAGGACAUGCAGGAUAAGGAGUUUGCUGCUAUUCUGCAGGAUGAGCCCUUGCAGCCACUGGCACUGGUUCCUCUAACUGAGGAGGAGCAGAGAAACUUCUCCAUGUCUGUGAACAGUGUGGCGGUGCUGAGGCUCAUGGGAAAAGGGGUCGGUGGUGGGGCUGCCCCGGCCGGAGUGGUCCGGGGGCGAGGGGCCACACGAGGCGGUCGAGGACGAGGUCGUGGUGAAGGUGGAUUCUACCAAAGAAGUAUUGAAGAUGUGGAGGUUGGUUUCGGCCGCAGCGCCAGAGAGAUUCACCGCAGCCAAAGCUGGGAUGACCGGGGUGAGCGUCGAUUUGAGAAGCCGCUGCGGCGGGAGGUGGGACGUCCUGGCUUUGAAGAUGCUGUAGCUCCCGCGGGUCCAGGGAGGAAGGAGUACACAAGGGCUGACAGCGAUAACUGGCGUACCCUUCGGGAGGAGCAUGAGGAGGAGGAAGGGGAGCCAGGCACCAACUGGAGACUCACUGGACCUCGCAGAGAUGAUGGCGGUCCUCGCUCAGCAGGCUGGCGGGACCACACUGGUCCAGGCGAGAGUCGUCGGAGGAAGUUUGACUUUGACUUCCGGGACUCAGAGGGUCAUGGUGGCAGUCGCCGGCGUGCAGGCAGCGAUGGGCUGGAGGACGGCGACGGCCUGCCUGAGUGGUGCACAGAUGAGGAGGAUGGGGAAAUGGGCACAUUCGACUCCUCAGGAGCUUUUAUGCCGAUGAAGGGGGGCAAGGAGACAAUCCUGGAGGAUGAGUUGGAGUUUAAGGGGAUAGAGGAGGAGGAAUAUGACGAGGGCUUCCCUGAUAUAGAGAGGAACAGUGCCGAAGGAGACAAAGAGAGUAAAGAAGUUGCCUCUGCUGUAGUUGAUAGUGAGGCAAAGCCAGCAUCACCUUCUUCUUCUCCUCCAACACACUGUACCCCUCCAUCUGUGGAGCCUCAACCCAGCAAUCCAGGCCCGGUGGUGGAUAAUUCUUCUCUGAACAACAGCCACCCUGUCAAGGCCAACGCUAUGCCUGGUGAAGACAUGGCUCCAGUAGGGGGCUCCAAGACUCAGCUGAACCCUGGCGCCACCACCUCUGCCAGUCUGCCUCCCCCACCCCCAUCCUCUGCUGCUCCUCUCCUCCCUUCGUCUGGAGGAGACAAUGAGGAUGAUGAGGGCAUGAAGCACCUGCAGCAGGAGGCAGAGAAGAUGGUGGCAUCACUGCAGGACACCUCUUUGGAGGAGGAGUGUUUCACCCAGGCUCUGCAGCAGCAGCAGGAAAGCAGGAACACAGCUGCAGCUCUCCCACUGUCACAUGAGGCAGCCAUGAAGUGGUUCUACAAGGACCCACAAGGGGAAAUUCAGGGUCCAUUCACCACGGUGGAAAUGUGCGAGUGGUUCCAGGCUGGCUACUUCACCAUGACUCUGCUGGUGAAGCGGGGCUGUGAUGAGGGCUUUCAGCCACUGGGGGACGUCAUCAAGAUGUGGGGCCGCGUUCCCUUUGCCCCAGGGCCCUCCCCGCCGCCCCUGCUGGUGAGACCGCCACCACCAACGCAGCGCCCGCAGCCCAACCGGGGGCCCUCCGGGACUGUGAGUCAGAGCUCAGCCAACAAAGAGGGUGGGGAGGGGAGGAUGCAGACUAAACGACAGGGAAACCUAGACCAGGAGCGCCUGAAAAAGCAACAGGAGCUGGCAGCAGCAGCUCUUUAUCAACAGCUCCAGCAGCAGCAGCUAUUCCAGCUCAUUAACAGGUGCAGUGAGCAGGGUAUGAUGCCUUCGAUGAACAGGUCGAUGUCAGUGCCAGAUACAGGGUCCAUGUGGGACAUGCAUACCUCAGCUUCACAGCCGUCAGGUGGUGAAGCCAGUCUUUGGGACAUAACAAUGAAUCCUUCUACUCAGGGUCCAACUCUCGAACAGCUUCAAAAGCUCCAGCAGGAGAGGCGAGACGCUGAACUCAGGGCGAAGCGGGAGGAGGAGGAGCAGCGAAAGAGGAGGGAGGAGAAGAGGAGGCUACAGGAGGAGCAGAAGAGGAGGGAGGAGGAGGAGCUAUUUAGACGCAAGCAGGUGAGACAAGCAAAGUGUCGUCAGCAGGAAUUGAUCAUGAAGUUGCUGCAGCAGGCUCCCCAGCAGCAGGCUCCAGGGGCAGGCAGCUCAGGCUGGAGUGGGGGUCCUUCCUCUGGGCUCUCUAAAACAGGAAAGUCCCCUGUUGUGGCUCUUAUGGAAAUGCAGCAGGAGGCAGAGAGACUUCUGAAGCAGCAACAUCAGCAGAGAGCCCAGCAACAGAGAGAACGCCAUACCGGCAUGUCAAUGGGGAGUUCCUCCAUGGGUGGGCAGUGGGCGGAUGGUGUUGGCAUGUGGGGUGGACCUGGAGGUAUGGAAGGUAAAAGUGGCAGUGGAAGCUCUUCGGGCAGCAUGGGCAUGUGGGAUGAGGCUGUGAAGAACCAAGCCGGCCUGCGUGGCAACAGCAACAACAACAUGGGCUUGAAGAACAGUCGCAGCAGCCCAUCACUCAGUGAUCAGUACAUGAUGCGUCGUAAGCGGACAGAGGAGGAGGAGAAGCUGCUGAAGCUGCUGCAGGGCAUGAAGCCCCAGGACGGCUUCACCACCUGGUGUGAACAGAUGCUGCACGCUCUCAACACCUCUGCCAACAACUCCACCUCCUCUCUGGAUGUUGCCACGAUUGUGGCGUACCUGAAGGAGGUGGAGUCUCCCUAUGCAGUGCUGGACUUCAUCCGGUCCUACCUAGGGGACACAGUGGAAGCCAAAGAGUUCGCCAAACAGUUUCUAGAGCGACGUGCCAAACAGAAAGCCAACCAACAGAGACAGCAGCAGCAGUUAUCAAAGGAAGUGGCUGGCCUAAACAUGAACUUCCCUCUACAGGACUCAAUGCGAGGUAUGAACCCAAGCACCCUGCAGUCCAUGUUUCAAGCCAACCACAUCGGCAAGGCUGGUCUCUAUGACAACCAGGGGGGAAAGAUGAAAAAGAAACCGCCCAUGAUGCUGCACUCUGACCCCAGCAUCUUAGGUUACUCAUUCCACAACACGGGCGAUUGUCCGGGCCUGAAUGAGAUGGAGAUGGUGGAGGAUUACUGAUGUGACGCCGCGCAGCAGCAAUAGCUACCUGAGGCCUUCUGUCUUUUAAUCAGACAAACCUGAUGACGAAUGUGCACUGCUGGGGGAACCGGGGGUGAGGGUAGGAAGGCAGCGUGGGAGGGGAGGUGCAGGGUGGAGGCGCCUGGAUCUGCGCCUCCUGACCUUGCCUUCCCUCUAGAGAGAAAAAAAAAAAGGGCUCCCCGCUGCACCAGUUUAUCACUUAAGCAGGGGAGACUGGGGUGAAAAGGGGUGAGGUUAAAAGGAAGAUGGGUAUCCUCUGGCACUCAAAAGAUUAAGCACCUUAUACUGAACUAAUGCACUUUAUUGAGAUGGGAUUUGAAUAGUUUUUUUUCAUGUGUGUAUGUAUGUGAGAUUGUCUGGAAUCAGUGCACAUACAGUAUGUGUGCAUACACAAUCUGUGUGUGUGUGUGUGUGUGUGCGCGCGCGCAUGUGUGGGGGCAUCACAACUGGAAGUGGGUGGUGAAAAAGUCGGUGGGGUGAAUGGUCGGGUUGUGAGGUUUUCAAAGUCAGGGGGACCUUUAGUUGAAACCUUAUCAGAGAGCAAAUCCUUUCUCGAAAGACAAACACUGUUGAUAUUUCUCUUGUUCAGCAUUUUUUUUACGUUUUAUAUAAAAAAGUAAAGCUAUUGAAAAAUGGAUUAUAAAAAGACUUGAAGAUUUGCACUUGCCUAAAAAAAGAAACGAUAAAAAAACAACAAAAAAAUCAAACAAAUGGGGUUAGUUAUAGAAGUGAAUAUUUUUUUGGUGAAUGUGUAUGAAUGACUGAUGUGAGAUGGUUGGUUUUUGUCCGUAAUAUACCAGUCUGCACAAUGUUCCUUUUUCUUUUGUUGCUUACCAAGAUGUAUGAAACAUAAGAGGCCAUCUUUGUCUUUUUUCUUUUUUUUCUUUUUUUUUAUUCUAGAGAUGUUCAGAGUGAAUGUGUGUCUGUGUCCCUUCUCCAAACAGGGACUUGUUUUGAGAGAGUAUGAAUGAGAGAGAGAGAGGGCAAUUGCACAACACAUCCUUUCUCUCACCAGCUCUUCAUCCCCACGUAGAUGAAUUAGAAAUGCACACAUUUUUAAAUGUCAGCUUUCGCGCUCAUAACAUGAUGACCACCACUAGUUUAUUUCCCUUAGCUUUUCCCCAUGGGGAGCUGUCUCUGGACCCGCGAGGUCUCGUAGACAGGGCGAAUCAUGAGGGACGUUACUGUGUGUGCAUCUGAAUGAGACUUGUGUGUGUUUUCAGAGUGCAUGUUCAUUUACUGGUCAUAGAAAUGAGUUAAGAAUACAGGUACUCAUUUUGAAUACAUGUGCUUUUUUGUAUGUGUAUGAAUGCACAUUUGUGCCUAAGAACUUGGAUAGGGUGUGUGGCCAUUGAGACAUUAACUCUUUUUUUGAGAGCAGGUGUGACGUGUCAGUGCUCAGCACAGUGUAUGUAAAGUAUGUACGUUUGUAUCGUAAAUAAUUCUAGUUCAGUCUAGGGGUGAUCCAUCAAAAAGGUUAGUCCAGUCUGUUUUCCUGGGGUGUGAUCACAUUGCCUUUUGUCAGCUCUCGAACUUGUGAAUGAAAGGUGUCGAGUUUCUGACUCUGAAAAAAAAAAAUAGCAUCUUAAUGUGCAAGUGCACAGAACGGUGCAUGAAAUGUUAGCAUAUUGUGUUACUUAUUCGUUGUUGCAAUUUGAUAAUGACGAGUUUUCUUUUUUAAUGAAAAAUAUAUAUGAAUAUAUACAUUAUAUACAAAGUUUAAAAAGUAUUUGGACUAAGAUAAUGAGCACUUGGGGCUGCUAUUUUUGUUUUUUAAUUUUUUUUUUCAUUAAUUUGUUUUUUAUUUUGUUUCAUUAUUGCCAUGUGAAGUGUGUGUAUUUCUUUCUUAAGAAAAUAUUGAAUGUAUUCCAAAAAAAAUGACAAGAAACCCUUGCUGAUACCAGAUAUUUUUUUCCUCAGAAGAUUUCAAAAAUGGAAACAAUACAAAAAAAAAAGCUUCAAAGAGUUUAGCGAGGUCUUUUUUUAUUUUCACAGUAGAGAAGAAAAAAAAAACUUGGGAUGGAAACAGUUGAACACACUGCCUCUACAAUCCUGGUCGUACAAAUAGUGACUAAGAAUUCAAAGAAAGGACUUUUUCUAUUCCAUACUGGAGUUUUGGUUGUUUACAAACCACAUGGAUAUCCGUGGGUGCAGUUUUUUUUUGGUUCAUUUUUGUUUGUCUCAAAUUUGUUCGCUUCUAAAAAAAAAAAAAUGAGACGGGUGGGGUUUGCAAGUGCGCUUCUGCCAUAUGGACAUUAAGUGGCGUUGGAUUUUUUUUUUUCUCUUUCUUUUUUUUUUUCUCCAUGAGAGAGUGGCAGGCAUCACAACAACAUGGACAAGAUCCUCGAAUUGGACCGAAGUCUGAUCAUGGAUCCUGACACUCGAUCGUCCAUGGAGCAGAGGCGGGAAAAUCAAGGAUAAGACUCUGUUUUGUAGAGAAUAGAGUGCAGGGCUGCGUAACCCUGGAGGGAACUGAGGGCGAAAUGAGAACACCUGGUUCACGCACUUCGUCUUCACCUCAACCCUCACAAGCACUCACACCCUGCCCUCAACAACUCACCUAUGCACUUUUGUUCAUUCAAGCUGUGAGGUACCAUUUUGGGGAUGGGAGCACAAUUACAACAGGAGGAUUGCAACGACUUUGACUUAGUCACUGAAAAGAUAUUCCCAAACCGAAAAAAAAGAGACUUGAGAAGCAUGCCUUCUCCCACCUCCUGUAUAUAUUCAUAUUUUUGUAUUACCUUUCAGAGUAGAGAGAAAAUUUACAAAUGGAUGAAGGAAAAUUCUUGAGACACUGAUUAUAUGGAGUGAAUGUUCUUUAAGAAUACCAAUCUUUUUGAAAAUAGUUUGAGAGACUCGCUGUGAGUUUCCCGUAGUUUGCCAGUAGCCCUGAAAUAACCGGGGAUGGAAGGGAAAACCACAUGGAACAUGGACUGAGGUGCUAGAUGUGCUACAGCAUCUGCGAAAUGACUGAUAUUUACUUAUCCAAGUGGAUGUUGCAGCGCUUGCAAAGCUCCACCAUGAAUGUUUGCCAACAUGUGCAGUAAAGAGGCAGACUUUUACUUUGAAGAACUGUCGACAAGGAUGCUUCCACUUCGUGUCCCAACCUGGUGACUGCCUUGAGAGCUGUAGCAUGACCACAGAAGGGGAAGUUCUUGGAGUUGGUUCCUGGCUGUGCUUUAUUUGCUGCCCUCUGCAAGGAGGAUCUAAUCUACAGCCGUCACGUGAACCAACCAACCCAGAAUAUUUCCUUUUGAACUUAAAUCCUAAGAAACUUUUCUGUCUUGACCUUGGACUCGGCAGGCCAUUGGCAUUAUCAGUUGGACAGUUACCAGAUGAAGUUACAGGUUUAUCAACCAUGGAUUCCAUCUGUGUUGGAAAUGUUAGCCUGGGCAUUGGAUCGGCGCUCUCCUGCGAUAGUAUAAAGAAACACAAAUUGCCCAGGUGUCGUCAUCCACCUCAACCUGAAACUCUUGGGUGGUUCCGUGGAGGUCUUCUUACGGAGCGGUUAGAAGACCUGCCCUCCUGCUCAGACGUCUGUGUUGGGUUUUGGUGGAUGUGGCUAAAUUACAUCUAAGCCACUACAAAUCCCUGCAGCUGUGGAACUGGAUGAACUGAUAGAAUUGUACAAAAAAGACUGAAAAACAUGACAAAACACAAACACAUGGAUACACGUCUCAUAGAUUCUUAGAGUCCAAAGGAGUGGCAGACACUACAUGCACACUUAGAGCAAAAGCAUUGUACACACAGUUACAUUGCCUCUCCUCUGGAACUGCGUCUGCUCACGUAAUAGGGCUACAUCAACAUCACAUCACACAUACAUGCAGACACAAGCAUCAGUUCUCAGCACUAUACAAGCUGAGCUUUGUAAAUAAUGUAAAUGUUUGUGUUUUGAUUUUUCUCAGUAGGAUUUGCUUUAUUUCUCUGUUCAACAUGCCUUAAAUUGUAUAGUUCAGUCCUGAAUGGCUAACUGAAAAUGUUCUAAAGAUAAAUUUAAUUUGGAAACCACCUGGUUUACUGUCCUCUAAAGUUAAAGAAAGAGAAGAGCUUUUAACAAGACUGUUUCCUACUGGCUAACAGAAGUGUAUAUUCUCUAUUACCUUCAUAUUCUUCAUCUGAUCACCAUUAAAAUAACUAGUUAGCAGCAGAAUAGAGCAGCUUGGUGGCUUUGGUUCAUCAGACUGUGCCGGUGGUUGUUUUAUGUUGCCCUUUUGGUUUACUUCAAAUGAAGAGUGGAUUUGUUUAGAUUUUCUUUGUCGAUCAUUGCUAUAGAUGCAGGCUAAAAUCUGUACCGAGUGGAGCUGAGCUGAUGGGCUGGAUUGCACAGACUUGUGCUGUUUGAUUAAUGUUGGUUGCACUGCUGCAGGCAGAACUGAACCUGAGUGGCAGGUCAUUUUCAAAUUGAGAUACAAGCUCAGGCUUUUCUUUUCUCUCUUUUUUUUUUUUAAACACUCCAGGGACUUGAUGAUUUGGACGGUACAUGGUACUUUUUACAGUUAUGAGAUUAUGGCUUGGACUUGUUAGAGAACGCUUACCUGAUUGUGGGUCUUGACACUAAACCUGGACGUGGGUCAUAUCUGGGCCCCAGUUGGCCUCUGUUCUGUCUGUGACCCUGGUUGUGCUGCCGACUGUCUCAGGAGGCACUGAACAGAGGACUCAGUCUUGUGUCUUGUUACGUGUGUAUCUAAUUGGAUUUGAGCGAUUGUUUUUAGUCAAUCAAUAGAUUUUUCCUUGUUUGUAUCCUUGAUUGCUUAAAAAAAAAAAAUGCUGUUUUUAAAUCUAAAUGGCAACUGAUCUUCGUAGUAUACAAUCAGCUUAGAUGUGUAAUACAUUUUGAUUAGCUGAUAUUUUGGUGGAUAGUUAUCUGCCAUAGUUAACUAUGUAAACUGGGGUAGCCAUGGUAGCUGCCAAUAUAUCAUAAUUGUUGAAUUGCUCCUGAACUAAACAAAAAAUAACUAGGUUGGACAUUUUAAAAAGCAGAUACUGUGUGGAGUAGGUGUUGGUCGGUCAUUCAGUCUUAAAACGAUAAACAGUAGUUGUUUGCAGUUUAUUUUACUGAACUUCAAAGGCUUUUAUGAUGUGAUAACCUGUAAUAUUGUGUUGUCAAAAAGCCCUGGAUGUUUGGUUAAUGUUUUGGAAAUCAUCCUGUCAUAGUUUGUCCCCCAACGGUGUCACUGGCCUAAAUAUCGAAGGAAAAAGUAUCCUCCAGUCAGCUCAGCUCCUAUGUCUUUGAAUGUUGUUAAAAUAACAGCAUACAUGUAAUGAAACUGUUUUGGAAAAGAACAACUAAAAGAUAUGUAAAUAGUUUGGCUUUUGUUUGUUUGAAGAACAAAAUAAAUACUAAAUAAAUGGCA